CUGCUCCCCCCAGACGGGUCCGGCUACACCAGGAGAACAGAGGACGAACUGUUCAUGGCCUGUCUCCGGGCGGGGCUGCAUGACAACAAGAACAUAAAGCACGUUUGCCUGAUCAGUGCUAAGACAGGGUACGGGGUGGAGGCGUUGAUUACGGAGAUCCAGACCAUGUGGGGUUACCGAGGUGAUGUGUACCUGCUGGGAAACACCAACGUGGGGAAGUCUACGCUCUUCAAUCGUCUCUUGGAGUCCGAUUUCUGCCAGCAAAAAGCAGAGGAGGUGUUCCAGCGUGCGACCAUCUCACAGUGGCCGGGCACGACCUUGAACCUGCUCCGUUUCCCCAUGAUCAACCCUGAACGGAAGGCCCGGCUGGCAGUACGGAAAAAGAGACUCUGGGAGAGGAACAAGAUGCUCAGGUCCAGGCCUACACAACAGAUGGAACAGAUGGAAAGGAAGGCCUAUGUAGUUGGCCAUGUGGGAAGAACUGACAGCCAGGAACUGUUGUACGAGGAAGAUGCUGAAGCAGAGUUGUCCUUCAGCACAUCUCUGAGAAAACUGUCAGGGGAUCCGGAGGAUGGCUGGACCAUGGCAGAGGGAGACCUGUCUCACAGACAGGAGCUGCAGAGGGAGGACAGAACCAAAACUCCAAGUGGCCUGGCUCAGAUUUUUGAAGGAGGGAAGUGGGUGUGUGACACACCUGGGUAUAUCAAUGAUCAGCAGAUUCUAAACCUGCUGACAUCGGAGGAGUUGUCGAAGGUGAUCCCAUCCCGACCCAUCAUUCCCCGCACAGCCGUGCUCAGACCUGGUCAAACCCUGUUCCUGGCUGCUCUGGGGAGAGUGGACUAUGUAGAGGGGCUUAACUCAAUCUUCCUGACGGUGUUCGCCUCCAGCGAUCUGCCGCUGCACGUGUGUGCACUGAAGAGGGCUGAUGACUUAUACGCACGGCAUGCUGGGAAGAUUGACCUGUUGAAGGUAUGAAAUCCUAGAUUUAGCAUGGUAGGGGC